UCUCAUCCCCAACCCACUCACUCAUUGCUUUUUUCUUUUCCCCUCACCUUUUCAUAAACUAAUUUAACUCUCACCCCUUCAAAGAAAAUUUGAUCAACUCGACCAUGAAGAUGAGUGAGAUGUGGACAACAAUGGGGUCAACCUUGGCCAGCUUCAUGUUCUUGUGGACGAUCAUGAGACAAUACUGUCCUUACGAGGUUCAACGUUUCUUCGAGAAGUACACACAUAGGAUCAUGAGUUACUUCUACCCUUACAUUAGAAUCUCUUUCCAUGAGUACAUGGGGGACAGGCUUAAGCGCAGUGAGGCCUAUGCAGCUGUGGAGGCAUACCUCAGUACCAACACAUCAAAGAGUGCUAAAAGGCUCAAAGCUGAGAUGGGAAAGGAUAGUAGCAACUUGGUGUUGACUAUGGAUGAGUAUGAGAGAGUAACCGAUGAUUUCAAAGGUGUAAAAGUUUGGUGGGUCAGUAACAAAGUUAUGUCACCAACAAGGUCCCCAAUGUCUUACUAUCCUGAACAAGAGAAAAGGUUCUACAAGCUCACUUUUCACAACAAGUAUAGGGACAUCAUAACGGGGUCAUAUUUGGAGCAUGUGAUGAGGGAGGGAAAGGAGAUUCGAUUGAGGAAUAGACAAAGGAAGUUGUACACUAAUAGCCCUGGCUAUAAGUGGCCAAGUUACAAGCAAACCAUGUGGAGUCACAUUGUGUUUGAGCACCCUGCAACUUUUGACACAAUGGCCAUGGAGCAUGAGAAGAAAAGGGAGAUCAUAGAGGAUUUGGUGACUUUCAGCAAGAGCAAGGAUUUCUAUGCAAGGAUUGGUAAGGCAUGGAAGAGGGGGUAUCUUCUAUAUGGCCCUCCAGGGACAGGAAAAUCAACCAUGAUUGCUGCAAUGGCCAAUUUGUUGGCCUAUGAUGUGUAUGACUUGGAGCUCACAGCAGUGAAGGACAACACUGAGCUGAGGAAGCUUCUGAUUGAGACCACUAGUAAGUCUAUAAUUGUUAUUGAGGACAUUGAUUGCUCUCUUGAUCUCACAGGGCAGAGGAAAAAGAAGGGAGAAAAGUUGUCAGAAGAUGAGAAUGAGAAGGAUGUUGUUGUUAGGAAAGAGGGCAAGGACGAAGGAGGGAGUGGUGGAAGCAAAGUCACACUCUCAGGGCUAUUGAAUUUCAUUGAUGGAAUUUGGUCUGCUUGUGGUGGAGAGAGGUUGAUUGUGUUCACAACAAACUAUGUGGAGAAGCUUGAUCCUGCUCUCAUUAGGAGGGGGAGAAUGGACAAGCAUAUUCAACUCUCUUAUUGCACUUUUGAUGGCUUUAAAGUGCUUGCUAAUAACUACUUGAAGCUUGAAACUCAUCCUUUGUUUGACACUAUUGAGAGGCUAAUUGGGGAGGUUAAGAUCACACCAGCUGAUGUUGCUGAAAAUCUCAUGCCUAAGUCUCCACUGGAUGAUGCUCACAAGUGUCUCUCAAACUUGAUUGAAGCGCUUGAGGAAGCUGCAGAAGCCGAGGAGCUGAGGCAGAGUGGAACCAUUGAGGAGGAACUUGUUCAGCAAAAUGGGUCCCUUAAGGAAAAUGGUGAGGUUCCAGGGGAUAAAGUAGAUCAAGGAAUGAAUCAGUGCCAUCGAUGGAUCGUUAAUGCUACAUGAUGUUGUGUAAUGGAAAAUCUGGCAUGAGGGCAGACACAUUUCUCAUUGUACUAUGUAUCUAUGUUAGUCAAGAAUCAAGACCAUGAGAUGAUUAAAAAAGGAGGGGUUGUAUACUUGAAUGCUUUGGUUUGGUUCAGAUUGUAAUCUAGCAUCUGAGAUCUUUGGUAUCCUUGUAAAUCCUCCUACUUUUGGGAUUAAUUUUGAACUUGUAUCAGAGAGUUAAUAAAAUAUAUUAUUAUUGGGAUAGGUC